UAAAAUAUAUUCUUUGAGGAAAAUAAGAAAGGAGACCUUUGACUUUAAUAAUUGCCAUAAUCUAGUAGGGAGCCAUCUAGUGUUAAUAAUGUGCAUGUACCGUAACCUUAAAUUAAACAUCCAAUUAAAUGGGCCAUUAGAGGCAAAUAAUAGAUAUUCUUUCAGGCAAAAUUCAGGUGAAAUACUCAUGCCUUGUCCCGAGCGUCCGGAGAGUUUAGGACCCAGCGGAAAUGCGUGAUUUGUUUUCAGCCUGUUCUUGAGGUGAGAAUAUAUCGAGAUAACGGCUGUUUUGAUUGGUUGUUUAUAAGAGAAGAUCGUGGUUUAAAUCCGUGUUGUACCGGUUAAAGAUCCGCAGGUUUAUUUUGGAGUGCAAUCAUUGGGCAAGUGAAAUUUCUCAAUAUGACAGAAGAUUGGGAUGCAGAACUGGGAAGGGAGCCUAUUACCAUUAUCCCAUCCUUCAGUGAAGCGACAAGCCUAAUGAAUGAUGAUGUUAUCAAUGGAAAUCAAUCUUCUGAUUUGAAAGAACGCUAUGAAUGGCAACCCAAGUGUAAUGGUCAUCCAGGUUGGCAACCCAGAGUGAUUGACAAUCAAGACUUUUCGGAAAAUACAGUUUUAAAUAAAAAUGAGUUUGACGUUCAAGCUGGUAGAAGAUGUGGCUUUGGCAGAGGUGACCGUGGUGGAUUACCAAGAUUAAGCAUGCAGAAUGCAGGUGGAGACGGUCCUCUUGGCAGAGCUUGCCCUGUUGGCAGGGGAACUUUCAGUACAAGAGGGGGAUUUGGUGCUCAGUCAGGUGAUGGCGGAUUUGAUUUAAAUCGUGGGAAAGCUGAAUUUGGUUCUUCUCCAACAAAAGGUGGUUACAAGGGUAGAAAUGAAGAGCCAUUUUCUGGAUCUAAUUCUAAAUUGAGAGGUCAUUGGGAUUCUGACGAUGUUGGUGACAGUAGAAGCCAAGGUCCCAAAGUGACCUACAUCCCCCCGCCGCCACCUGAAGAAGAAAAUGCCAUUUUUGCUCGGUAUCAAACUGGGAUUAACUUUGAUAAAUAUGAUGACAUUCUUGUGGAUGUUUCAGGAGUCAAUGUCCCACCUGCGAUACUGACUUUUGAUGAAGCUCAUCUGUGCGAAACCUUGAGCAAGAAUCUGGACAAGGUUGGUUAUCUGAAGCCUACACCAGUUCAGAAGCAUGGGAUUCCAAUUGUGCUUUCUGGUCGGGAUUUGAUGGCGUGUGCUCAAACAGGCUCUGGGAAAACAGCCGCUUUCUUAUUGCCAAUAAUAGAAAUGCUGCUCAGAGGCAAAGCAGCAGGCAGUCAAUUCAAGGAACUUCAGGAACCAGAAGUAAUUAUAGUAGCUCCAACACGUGAACUAAUCAAUCAGAUAUAUCUGGAAGCUAGAAAGUUUUCUUAUGGAACUGUUGUGAGACCUGUUGUAGUCUACGGAGGAACGAGUACAGGACAUCAAAUCCGCCAGGUUUUACAAGGAUGUAAUAUAUUAUGUGGCACCCCAGGAAGACUUUUGGAUAUUAUCUCUAGAGGAAAAGUUGGCCUUGGUCAGGUGCAGUACUUAAUAUUGGAUGAAGCAGAUCGCAUGCUGGAUAUGGGAUUUGAGCCAGAUAUGCGGAAACUAGUUGACACGUUUGGCAUGCCACCGAAGGAGAAUCGCCAGACUUUGAUGUUUAGUGCCACCUUUCCUGAAGAGAUUCAGAAUUUGGCUGCAGACUUCAUGAACAGUUCUUAUUUAUUCCUUGCUGUUGGUCAGGUGGGAGGAGCCUGUGGAGACGUACAGCAAUCCAUACUUCAAGUAGACCAGUAUUCUAAAAGGAACAAAUUGGUCGAAAUCCUCACCAACAUAGGUAAUGAUCGAGCCAUGGUCUUUGUUGACACCAAGAGGAAAGCUGACUUUCUUGCUACUUUCCUCUGUCAAGAAAAGUUCCCUACAACAAGUAUUCAUGGUGAUCGAGAACAAAGGGAAAGGGAGAUGGCACUUGCUGAUUUCCGUACAGGGAAAUGUCCCGUGUUGGUGGCUACAGCGGUGGCAGCUCGAGGGCUGGACAUUGAGCAUGUGCAACACGUCAUUAACUUUGAUUUACCUUCCACCAUCGAUGAAUAUGUCCAUCGCAUCGGGCGCACAGGCCGUUGUGGACAUGUUGGCAAAGCAAUAUCAUUCUUUGAUUCAAAAACAGACUCACCGAUAGCGCGUGCCCUGUUAAAGGUCCUUUCUGAUGCCCAGCAAGAAGUUCCUGCAUGGUUAGAAGAACUUGCUUUUUCUGUUCAUGGGACCAGUUACAAUAAUCCCCUUGGAAAAGUGUUCGCUUCUGUAGAUACCCGUAAGGGUUUGGGUGUUAACAGAAACUUCAGUGGCUUUGAAGCAAAUGAACCAGUGACUUAUGGUGGAAAUGAAGAUGUAUGGGAAUAAUGUUAACAUUUAGAACUUUAAAUCAAUGUCCACUAAGUGUUAUACAAGCUUUUCAUUGUUCACUUGUUUUGUAGGGAGUUAAUUUCUAAACUUGUAUUUGCAAAUUUGUUUUCAUAUUUAAGUUGUAUCACAGUGGUCGAAUAUUACAAUGUUGAUCUAUUUAUUUUGGUUAUCUGUAUGACGGGGAGGGGGUGGAAUAAGAUUGCAAUUGCUUAAGUAAAUUGUAAAGCUAAA